GGGAGGGAAGAGGGAGAGGGAAGGAAGGAAGGAGAGAAGGAAAGAAGGAAAGAGUGGGUAGAGGAGGAAGGACCUGCUCUUCUCUUCCCUUCUUCUCUUCUUUCCUCGCUGUCUCCUUUGCGGUGCUUUCGAGAUGGGGUGCAAAGGGAGCGCCUCUGGCUGAUUUCGGGCCCUUUGCUGGGUUUCCUCGGAAGGCGGCUGAAGAAGAGAAGAAAGAAAGGAGAAGAGAGAAGAGGAGGCGCGCUCCUUCUUGCCUUUCUUUCUUUCCUUCCGUGGGGUUGGGGUCCCCAUGGCGCUGAGCUCGCGGGCCCACGCCUUCUCGGUGGACGCCUUGCUGGUGGGCAGCCGUGGGGCCAAGCGGAAGGGCGUGGAUCUCCGGGAGGAAGGGGAAGAGGAAGAGGAAGAAGAAGAAGAGGAAGAGGAGGAAGAAGAAGCAGCGCGCCCGGCUCUCAAAGCAGCCUUCUUCAGGAAAAGCCAGGCGCCGGAGAAGAAAUCGAAAGGGGAAAGGGCUUUGCCUCUCUCCGAAGAGAAAAGAGACCUCCAAGUGGAUUUGCAAGGAUCCGAAUUAUGGAAACGCUUCCACGACAUUGGCACCGAGAUGAUCAUCACCAAGGCCGGCCGGAGGAUGUUUCCUUCUGUUCGGGUCAAAGUGAAAGGUCUGGAUCCAGUGAAACAAUACUACAUUGCUAUCGACAUAGUGCCCGUUGACUCCAAAAGAUACAGGUAUGUCUACCACAGCUCCCAGUGGAUGGUGGCUGGGAACACUGACCACUCCUGCAUCACACCUCGCCUAUACAUCCACCCAGACUCCCCCUGCUCCGGAGAGACCUGGAUGAGGCAGAUUAUCAGCUUCGACAGGGUUAAGCUGACCAACAAUGAGAUGGAUGACAAAGGGCAUAUAAUUCUGCAAUCUAUGCAUAAAUACAAGCCCCGGGUCCACGUGAUUGUCCAGGACUCUCGAUUCGAUCUCUCCCAGAUCCAGUCUUUGCCAGCCACAGGGGUUCAGACCUUUUCAUUUAAGGAAACAGAAUUCACCACAGUCACUGCCUACCAAAACCAGCAGAUAACAAAACUCAAGAUAGACCGGAAUCCCUUUGCAAAAGGAUUCAGAGACCCUGGAAGAAACAGAGGAGUCUUGGAUGGACUUCUGGAAUCAUAUCCAUGGAGACCAUCACUUACUCUGGAUUUUAAGUCCUUCGGUGCAGAUAGUCAAGGUGGAAGCCCUGGCUCUUCCCCUGUGACACCCACUGGAGGCACUCCAUCUCCCCUCAGCGCUCUCCUUUCCUCUUCCUGUUCUCCUCCGGCAUUCCAUCUCUCCGCAGCCAGCCUUGGCGUCUCCUGCCCCGACUCCUACUUCCAUCAUUUUGGCUUGCCUCUCUGCUACAAGAUUUGUCCAGCCAGCCUCUUGAGACAACAGUCGCUGAUGUUCCCAAGCCACCACAAGCUGGGCAACACCAGCAGCCCUUCUCUUUUGCCACACUUCAUGGUGGAGGUGCCCACGUUGUCUUCUCUGAGCAUAGCCAACGUCAAAAGUGGCAAAGCGGACGACUUAAGCAGACCAAGUUCCCAAGGGCCCGGCACUGCAAGCCAUAUGUUGUAUGGUUUACACACACCUGGGAACAUUUUGUCGUCAGGUCCUGUUGCCCAAGAAGCUCUGAACUGUGCUUUACAUCCUCCGUAUGGCUUCUAUGGGUACAACUUCUCGAUGCCUUCUAGACUGAUGAAUUCAGCGAGUCACUUCAAAGUCAACAACAGCAUCCCGUCCUCAUUCCGAGAAAGCAGGUGUAGCCAUGCUCCAUGGUCUUCCACAAGUAACCACUGCCUUUAGUGGCCAUGGCUUGGACCUUUCACAAAGGCCCAGUGGAUUGAUAGCUAAGGAACAUUCAUAAUAUGAAGGACUAGGCACUUCAUGCAGUCAUGCCGGCCACAUGACCUUGGAGGUGUCUAUGGACAAUGCCGGCUCUUCGGCUUAGAAAUGAAGAUGAGCACCAACCCCCAGAGUCGGACACGGCUGGACUUAAUGUCAGGGGAAACCUUUACCUUUACCUAGACAAAAGAGCUUUCCCAACUUAUCCAUUUUGUAUCCAUGUUGAUGACAUAGUAUGCAACAGUUGCCAUUCUUUCCACUUGCAAAAUUAAUGGGUUCCCCCACUCCUAUAACCCAAGUGUCCUGAUAGUUUCCAUGUCAAUGAACCUGCUAUGAGUUUCCAUUUGAAUUUUUAAGAAGCCCUCCAAUGUACCAAAAACCAUGAGGAGUAGCAAUGGUGAAUGGCAAAAUCAGGACAUGAUCCUCAUAGGAAGGAUCCUUCCUGUGAAGUUUUCCUUCAGUCUUCAAAUUUCUAGUUUUACAGAGAAUGAAGCUUUGUAAAUCAUUCAUUCCUAUGACUCUUCUAUUUUCUGUGUCCUCAUUCCUUGGUCAUUUCCCCUGAUCCUUUUCUUUGAAUGCCUAAACUCUUAUUUCUAAAGGUUCUGUCAUGCUAGAUCUUUGGGGACUGAAGGACAAUAUCAUGGGGUAAACCCCACAUUUUAAUCCUUCACAGCCACAUCCCUGAUGUAACCUUUCCUUUGAAGAGGCUUAUCAUCUCCUGGGUAGUACUUUUAAUGUUCAGACUCAUCACCCUGGUGAUAAUGGACUCCAUUAGCUCCACAGAUGUGUGUUUACACCCAUUCAGACCACCCCUGGAAUAUUAAGGAAACUCUGGAGAAGAGACAGAAAUGUUCAGAAGGAGUUUGUGCAGAGAAAGGGGAAGUCCUAUUACAUGAGCAGAAAUAUGCUAAUAUGAAACAUUCAUUGUAGCCAUGUGUGUAGUUUUGUGCAUGUAUGUGUUCAGGAUUUUGCCAAAUGUGCUUUUGGAGAUUCAAAGCUCUUUCACAUAUUCUUGGGAAAAGAAUUCCUCACUAGCAGACGAAGAGCAGCAACAGGAGGCUCUCCAUGCAUAUACACCAGCACUACUUUGUGUCCACCAUCAUGCCUGAGACAUGGCAUUGUUCUAUGGCAUUGAAGCUGGCAUCUUUUUAAUGGCAUGUGGAGACACUGAUCCAUUCCUCUGCAAAGACUAGUUUCCCCAUGUUACUGCAAUAGCUGCUCCUUGUGGUCACUCUUUUGCUAGUAGAGAGGAUGGGAGAAGCAUCUGGCUAUGGUCCCAUAGCCAGAUGCACAAUUAUGACAUCACCUGCUGAGAACUCUGUAGUCAUCCGUCUCAGUGGAUGAUGCAAUCAUUCUGUGUCUGGCUAUGUUUACACCAAACACUAGGCCUGCUUAUUAUGUGAGCCGCUCAAACGUGGUUUGUUUAUAUGUGAAGAAGUUUUCAUAACAUGAAAUACCUCUGGAGGACCUUAUGAUGCCUAGAGAACAGUUCUUUUGAGGCCUCCAGCACCAUUUUAUGCCCAACUUUCACCAAAAGUUGCACCGGCUUGAAGUUGACCACAGAAUUGCACUGGAGGUCUAGAUCAGCAGUUCUCAACCUGGGGGUCGCGACCCCUAGGGGGGUCAAUCGGCCACUUGAAAGGGGUAGCGCUGCCACCUCCUUCAGCCCCACAUCCUCUGCCUCCCUGGAAUGGCCUUUCCAAAAAUGGAACAAGGAUUGGGGAUAAAGCUUCAGUGGAGAGACUUUUUCCUUUGAUAACCCUUUUAGGAGUGAACUUCCCUUGUCUCAGACCCAUUCUUAACUAGGAGUCAUUUGUACCUCAGGAACAGCCUGUAGUCUGAAGAACAAUAUUGUCACAUAAAAUAAUGAAAAUAAUUUUAUGGUUCGGGGUCACCACAACAUGAGGAACUGUAUUAAAGGGUCGUGGCAUUAGAAAGGUUGAGAACCACUGGUCUAGAGAGAGCACUUCUCUAACCAUCAGGAAGUCUUCCUAUACAAUUCUAUGGUUUCUUUGUUUAUUUCAAGCAAAAAAAAUAGGGUUCUAGUAUAUACCCCAAAAUCAUAUUACAUGAAAGUCCUAGAAUAGAUCCUUUGCAUAUCACACAGACCUACUGGACAUUGGUAUGCUUCUCCGGACGUUUCGGCAGGCGAUGCAGCCAUUCUCUGAUUUCCCUAAUCAGUGGUUACUGGAACUAACACUGAGUUGAGAGGAUUGUUGGGAACAGUGUAGGUCCACAUGCACAUACAGAACUGUUAUGUUGCAUACAUGUGCCAUACACGAAAUCAGCCUCCGUAUGACAGUGAACUGGAGUGAAAGGAUAAUCUCCCAGCCCCAAAUGGGCAGUGUAAAUGAUAUAGUGAUAUAUAUCACACAAAUAUUCUUUUUGGGGCAUGGCCAGGCUU